AACUCUCCAUCAAAAUCGGGGACAAAGCUCGAGGUUGCUACUAUAGGAAGCGCUAGUGUCGCCGGGUGCAGCUGCAGGUUAGGCUCGCCAACUUUCCCACUUACAAAUUGGCUAAUUUGUGACAAAUACGAAAAGUGUCUUCUAAAUGUACAAUUAUUCAUAAUCACUACUUGUAAGAAACCUCUGAAGAAAGCGCGAACGUAGACGUUAUCUUUUGUACCAUUAUGGUCCUGCUUGCGACCUGCGAACUCACGUAGCAGUCACGCACGUUUAAAGAAUCGUUGGCAGCAGUUCCUGUUUUAGUUCGUGUAAAGAAGGUGAUGCAGAAGAGCGCGCCACCGUAAUGGUCCCCACCACGUUAUAUGGGAGUUAUAGGGCCCUGGCUAAGCCACUACAAGCAUGUGAACUGAUGUAAACGCAAGGCCGUGCUAGACAGGGUGAUGUUUAUAGACUGAGUGGCUGUACGUUGUGGUGUCAGAUGACUUUAACAGUGAAUUAGUAAAUAGUGUAUUUUCAUAAUGGAUAUAGGAGACCGUCAUACGUGCCCUGUUUGUGGAGGGUGUGAUUUUUUGAAAGAAAAUGGGUUUUUCUAUUGCAUUGAAUGUCAAACUCAAUGUGAGGGCAUUCGUGAACAAGUAUUCGAAGACCUCGGUGGCGGUAACGACGAGGAAGAUAUAUUAAUUGGAACACCAUUUGCUUGCAAGAAAACGAAAAACAAGAAGAAAAAUAAACAGAAAGGUGAAGAAUUCACUUCGUGGGAGCUGCUCAAUUUUGUUCUUGUGGGAUUAACUGAAGAACUCAUGUCAUAUGGUGCUCCCAAAUCAUUGAGAGACACAGUUCUGCAGAUGUGGGCUAGUUAUUUACAGAAAAUUGAGAUUGCAUUUUUUUCUAAAGAAGAAAGCGCUCUCCCUAAACUAGGAAUUCAGUACCGUAGUAGAGAUGCAAUGAAUUUGUAUGGACUGAAUCAAAAAAAGAAACAAAGAAAAACCAAGAGGAUUAGCCUAUUGAAUGUUUCUAAUUGUGCUGAUUUAAACAGUACAAUAGCUGAUUCUGAGGACUGGGCUUCCCAAAAAAUACAGAAGAACAUUAAAAAGAAAGCAAAGAAAGCAUUCAUGGAAAAAGUUGCUGAAUUAAGCAUAGCAGAAUGUGCAGAUAAUGAAAGUAUUAUCAGUUCUUUGGAUCAAUCAAGGGUGUCUGAUCUAUCAGCAGUUGAUGAUGCCUUUAGUGUGUCAUCCAAGGCACUUUCUGCUGAUGAUGAAUCUUUUAGCACUCCCAAAAUUCAGUUUUCACAACGUGCAAUGGCAGUUCUUUCUGGAGAGACUAAUCGUAUGUCGGGAGGCAUAGACCUGCAAUGUGUUACUAGGGCAAAACUUGUGGUUUUGCUGUACCUAGCUCUGUUGUAUGAAGGGAGCACAAUUUGCCUCAGUGACUUAUUACGAUGGAUUCGUGAAGGCCAUUUGUCUUUCUAUGAAGCAGCUAAACAUCUUCCUGAAAACUGCUUUGUUCAGGGAAAGUACCGGGCCCUUUUUAAACAUGGAACUGAUUCACCUACAUAUGAAGGAAUUUUAAAUUGCACUUUAGUGAUGGCUCAAUGUCUGGGGGUGAAUGACUGGCCACUUCCCAGUUCAUCUUUAAUAGCUAAGAAGUAUGUUACAGAACUUCAGUUGCCUGAGAUGUUUUCUGAACUUGUUGAGCAGUUUUUGGUUGCAGUACCAUUGGCUUACAGAAAAGAAGUAAUCAAAGUUAUAAACAAACCAAAUAUGAAUUAUGAAGCUACUAUUUUAUCAGUUAUUGUAAUUAUUUUGAAAUUACUUUUUGGACUUGAUGGGAAAACUGAGCAUCAGAUAUCCAAAGCAGCUUCUCAGUUAAACAUAUUGCUGCAAAUGAAGAACGAUACAAAAACAAAGAAACUUUUUGUUUGGAAUGAUUGGGUUCAACAGUUGAUAUGUCGAAGAGCUCUAUUGACAUUGUAUCACUUCCCUACGAAACAUCUAUUGUGUCCAGAAACGUAUGGAAAUCCAUAUGCCUAUAUUAACUAUUGUCAUAAUUGGCAUGAUGACAAUGCAGGAUUUGAAGAAAAGUACAAUAAGAAUGAUGAUGAUACACUGAAGGUUCGUCAUCCAGCGCUUCUAAAUACUUUGACAUCUGUGCUGGAAAAACUUCAAGACUCAGCUGCAGUAAAAAAUGAUGAUAUUCAGUUUCCUCAGUGUGGUACUCCUUAUUCAACUUACAUUCAGAAGAUUAUUGAAAAAUCUGCCCAAAAGGAGAUACCAAUGAUUGCAAAGCCAGCUUUGGAUGUUUUGGCUCAAGAUUUUAUGAAGUCUGAUAUCACAUAUUUGCUUCAACCAGAAUUGAUGGUGAAUUUGGCCUCCUUCCAUGGCCACCGAUUGAAGAUUAAGAAGAGAAGUGCUCAAAAGAAAUUCAAAACCUGUCCUGUAUCAAAAGGAGAUCGACACUUUGAAGUCCCAGUCAAGCCUGUUUAUGCUUCUGUAACAGAUUGCUGCCGGCUUUCCGCUACAAGGCAAAUUAUGAAAAUGAAUGCACAAAUGCGUAAGAAAAGAAAAGAAAAAAGAAAGUUGAAAAUUAAAAAGGAAAGAAAUAAGAAUCAAAGAAAUCUGAAAAAGAACAAAACAAAUGACAAAAACAGAGCAAAAAAAAAGAAAUCCGAAAAUGUUAAAAAAUGUUCCAAGAAGAGAGAAGCUACAAAAAGUACUUUUCAUAUUGGUGAUUCAUCGAGAAAAAGAAGAAAAAAGGAAUUGCCUUCAGGUGAUGCAAAAAGAAUGAAAUUGUGUAAGUUAUUUAAACUAUAUGUGCCCUGUUCAAAAUAUUGGGUUUUUCAUUUUCAAAAAAGAUAUAUUCCGGAGGAGGAAUUUGAUUACCUAAUAUGCUCAAAACUUCCAUUGUCAUUUGGAUGGCUUCUUUCGGAGUGUUCUUUCUUGUCUGAAAUGAGUAAAUUCGAGAUUUAUAAAGAAAUUGUUCGAAUUGAGGGAGUUUGUAACCGUAUGUUUAAACGGCAUUGACUAGUGUGUAAAUUAAACUUGUGAAUAAAGAGAGUUUGCAAAUGCGAGUAAGUGUGUGUACGAAAUGUAUUAAUAGUUUUAUUGGAAGAUGUUUUUUGAAUUUAUCCAGUGUUGGAAUAUUGGCACUUCACUGCUGCUGAUUAUCCAAGUAUUUAUUUGUCCAAUCAACAAUAUUCUAUGAAGGGAAGCUGUGAAUUCCAUGGAAGAAAAUGGAUGGGAAUGGGAAAUGCUGCUUCCAACGUAGUAACAUAAUGCUUGCCCAGAACAUUUUAGAUGAUAAAAGGUCUCACUUCAUGAAAGAAUUAGGAACAUUUCUAGGAAAGGUUUGGACCAGCAGGCGAACAGAAAUUAGAGAGUGGGAAAACAGCAUGGGUUAGAUGGGAGAUCCUAGACGGCAGAGCCUAGAUUGGAGAGGAAAUAAAUAAGUUAAGCAAACAAUCCAUUUAGUCAUUUAAGUUAUGUGUAUAAAC